UGGUUGAUGCUCGGUGUUCUGUAGCGUCUCCCACGGCUCUCCUUUCCUCUAUUUGGAAAACCUCUCCUACUCAGAAUCAAUGCGAAUCAGCAGCGAUAAGCGCGCUGAUGCUGUGCGGUCUAUAGCUUUCUGUUCUCUGGAGAAUAAGGACUAAACUCUCUGUUACACGUUUCUUCUUGCAUAGCUCAUCAGUGCAACGGGGAAGACAGACAACAUGAUUUGCUUUAUCUUCGUGGUUCUAUGUGGAUUGUCUGGCAGUGCGCUCGCAAAAGGUAAAGCCAAUAAGACAUCAUCUCUGUUCUCUCUCCCAGGUAAGGUGGAGAGAGAGCCUAAGGGGAAGUUCAGUGUUCCUGUUCUGGAUGUGAAGAGUCGACAGCUGGUCCUGGAGGCCAACCAGACGCUGACGAUCCACUGCAGGGGUCGGUGGGAGCUGUCGUGGGUGUUCCCUGGAGGUGUGGCCAGAGAUAAGGAGAUUGUGCAAUUGGAGGAUUCUCGCUGUGGGAGGCAGAGCCAGCAUUACUGCAGCCAACUGAUUAUUAGCUCAGCCCAGGCCCAGCACACAGGAUCGUUCCGGUGUCGGUACAGCCAUCGGACCCGCAGGCAGAGUGCUGUCUACAUCUAUGUCACAGACAGACAGCGGCCAUUUGUGGAGGAGCAGAAUAACAGUCCAGAUUUGGUGUAUAUCAAGGAGAGCCAGCCACUGGUCUUCCCCUGUAGGGUCACCAACCCUGACGCCACCGUGUCAUUGGUCAAGUUCCCUGACCGUGAGUUGACCCCAGACCAGAGGAACAUAGUGUGGAACAGCAGACAGGGCUUCCUCAUCCGCAGUCCCACCUACUUCUACAUCGGCCUGUUCUCCUGCAAGACCUCUGUCAACGGGACCACACACUCCCUCAGUUACCUCACACACAGACAAGUGAAUAAGAUUCUGGAGGUGUAUCUGAACAGUACCAGUCCAGUCCAGACUUUACAGGGGGACAGUCUGGCCAUCAACUGUACUGUCACUGCAGAGUGGAACAGCAGAGUGUCCAUCAGCUGGGACUACCCUGGGAAGGUAAACAGGGCAGCCAUAAUUAGUAGGCGUAUCAUGGCCAGUAAAACUCACAUGGUGUUCUACAGUAUUCUGUCCAUCCCUAAACUCCACCGCUCUGACAGAGGGCUCUAUAUCUGCCGAGUGACCAGUGGACCUGUCAGCCGAGAGACUAACGUGUCUGUCACAGUCUACGACCGUCCGUAUAUCCGUCUGACACCCAGACAAGGGGCUAUAGUGGAAGCUCAUGCAGGACAGAAGUCCUACCGACUCUCCCCCAAACUACGGGCCUUCCCUGCCCCAGAGAUCAUCUGGUUGAAGGAUGGGAAGGUAGCAGCAGAACAGUGUUCCCGUUACCAUGUGGAUGGGAAUUCCCUGGUGAUCCGGGAUGUGGCAGAGGAGGAUGCAGGGAAGUACACUAUCCUGGUGGGAAUCCAGGAGCACAGACUCUACCAGAACCUAACGCUAUCUCUGGUGGUCAACGUGAGUCCUGGGAUAGAGGAGAAGGCGGUGUCAUUGCAGGACCCAGGUAGUGUCCCGCAGGGCAGCAGACAAGCCCUGCACUGCAGCUCCCACGGAGUCCCCCCUCCUCACAUCGCCUGGCUCUGGCACCCCUGCCCCCCCAAAGGCCUCUCUGGCGGAACACGGGCCUGAUGCCGCGCCGGAGGAGGCCCAGCGACAGUGGGCCAGGCUGGGCCAGGCUGAUAGGGACCUGGAUCCUCAGGGUAAGGUGUGGGUCUAGAGCCUGUUUCUGGCCCUGGAUCCUUGGACCUGGGUCUGGGGCCUGGAUCCACCCUUAUGUCCUAGGUCUGGGUCCUUGGUGCUGGAUGUGUCCCCGGGUCCAGUCGUGGAUCCUUGGUCUUGUCCUGGGCCCUGGGAACCGCAGCGCUCUUAUCUGGCCCGGGCAGGAGGCUCGCCGGGUUUCCUGUGCGAAAAUCAGAGCGCUUUUCCUCUCCUUGUUUGGCUUCCUCCCCGACGCGAGACGCUUCCCAGCAGCGUGAUUGUCCCUCCGUCUUCAAACGUGGCAGAGUCCUGCUUCCUCAAGGGCUUGAUCUAUUCUUGAGACCCCCCUCUCCCCUCCUCAUUCUCCCCUCCCCUAGCCUUCCCUCGCCAGCUCUGCCCCUCAUCCCCAAACCUUCGUUUCACUUCAUUAAAAUACCCCCCCCACCCCACCACCACUACCACCACCACCAUCAGCCCCUCCACACCUCCACCACACUCAGCAAGGCUGUUUCCAAGGCAGCCAGCACCUUCAAUGACAGACAUUACAGCCACCCAGCAACCCCACAUUGGUGCUCUCUGGGAUCUUGGGGUUGGGGGGGGGCAGGACAGUGACCUGGUACACUGUUGAAGAGGAGGAUGAGGAAGAAGAGGAGUGAGAGGUCACACCACACUGAGGACAAUGAUCUGAUCUGCUUUUAGUGGUUAUUAUUAGAUUUAUUUAUUUCCCCUUACCCAGGUUGCAUUUUUACACCCCUUUUCUGGCUUUUUUUUUUUACAUUGUUACUUUUCUCAGACAUUUUGAGCCAGAAAGAAGUGCCCUUCCAUCCAUCCACUAAGCCACGUUUUUCUGGAGCUGCUUUUGCUUCUUGUGUUCCUAGAGUGGUACUAUAAUGGGUACAUGAGCCUGUCCCCAGCCCCGAGCCCUGCCAUCCUGUUGUAGUUCUGACAUCCACAAAAGCUGUGAGUUCUGACUGUAAAUCAUAUACAUUAUAAGUAAGUUGCUACAUCUCAGAUGGGCGUGCGGGAGACAGAGAGAGAGAGAGAGAGAGAGAGAGAGAG